AUGGCAAGUGAUGAACAAGUUCAGCUUGAUGACGCUGAACUCAUCAAGGCUGUGGAGGACUCAACAGAUUUCAUCGCUGUUCAUGCCAAUCAAUCAGAAAUUGCCAAAGUUCAUGCAAGCAAUGAUGCUUUCCAGGAAGCAGAAGGCGGGAACAAUCAGAGUGCUGAAAUCGAACAAGGACAGAACCCGGCAACCAAGAAGAUGCUCGACAAGUUGCGGGGCAGCUGCAUGAAUCCUCCUGCGCUGGAAAUCUUGUAUCAGAAGUUCAACUAUAAAGGUGUGAAGGAGUUCAGUUCUUUGAUGCCUCCCUUUACUUCUGGCACCGUGAUUGACAGCCUGGCCAAGCACUACCCUGACGAACUUUGGGCCGUCAGGGAGCUGUUGGGUGUGAUGAAGCCGGGCAUGGAUGGCAGUGUGAUCGAAAGUUUGAAGCGGAACUACAAAAAUUUCAGUGUCCCUGAUGUCAAAAAGCUUCUUCUUUUGAUGCCUGCCUUUACUUCUGGCAGCGUGAUUGACAGUCUGGCCAAGCACUACCCUGACGAACUUUGGGCCGUCAGGGAGCUGUUGGGUGUGAUGAAGCCGGGCAUGGAUGGCAGUGUGAUCGAAAGUUUGAAGCGGAACUACAAAAAUUUCAGUGUCCCUGAUGUCAAAAAGCUUCUUCUUUUGAUGCCUGCCUUUACUUCUGGCACCGUGAUUGACAGUCUGGCCAAGCACUACCCUGACGAACUUUGGGCCGUCAGGGAGCUGUUGGGUGUGAUGAAGCCGGGCAUGGAUGGCAGUGUGAUCGAAAGUUUGAAGCAGAACUACAAAAAUUUCAGUGUCCGUGAUGCCAAAAAGCUUCUUCUUUUGAUGCCUGCCUUUACUUCUGGCACCGUGAUUGACAGUCUGGCCAAGCACUACCCUGACGAACUUUGGGCCGUCAGGGAGCUGUUGGGUGUGAUGAAGCCGGGCAUGGAUGGCAGUGUGAUCGAAAGUUUGAAGCGGAACUACAAAAAUUUCAGUGUCCGUGAUGUCAAAAAGCUUCUUCUUUUGAUGCCUGCCUUUACUUCUGGCACCGUGAUUGACAGUCUGGCCAAGCACUACCAUGACGAACUUUGGGCCGUCAGGGAGCUGUUGGGUGUGAUGAAGCCGGGCAUGGAUGGCAGUGUGAUCGAAAGUUGGAAGCGGAACUACAAAAAAUUCAGUGUCCGUGAUGUCAAAAAGCUUCUUCUUUUGAUGCCUGCCUUUACUUCUGGCACCGUGAUUGACAGUCUGGCCAAGCACUACCCUGUUUCAGGUAUUGACACUCUGCCCAACUACUACCCUGACGAACUUUGGGCCGUCAGGGAGCUGUUGGGUGUGAUGAAGCCGGGCAUGGAUGGCAGUGUGAUCGAAAGUUUGAAGCGGAACUACGUAUAUUUCAGUGUCCGUGAUAUCAAAAAGCUUCUUCUUUUGAUGCCUGCCUUUACUUCUGGCACUGUGAUUGACAGUCUGGCCAAGCACUACCCUGACGAACUUUGGGCCGUCAGGGAGCUGUUGAGCGGCAUGCAGACUGGCUUGAGUGCUUUGCUGCCUGCGUUGGGGAAAAAUGACGCUUUAGAGCGCAUGGCUUGGCAAAAAGAUAGGGGUGAAGCAUGGCAAUUUCCACGUGCUUCUGUAGCAGUGGGCUGUUGGACACUUCAGAUUGCUUAUGACAUUGGACCAACACCUGUGGCUCAAGCUGCUGGGCUGGGAGGCCAAAAGGACAUGUGGUCAGGCUUCAUGUUUCCCGAGCAAUCCUUGGGUUUGAUCCUUGCAUUGGGCAGUCGCUACUAUGGAGACGUUCGGAACUUAGAUGCGGCCAGCCUCUUGAGCCUUUUGGAGGAGGAUCUUUGGGGAUGUCAGGCACCGCGUUUGAAAGAAGCUUUGGCCGCGAAGGUGACCUUGCCAUCGAGCCUUCAAAGCUUGAGUUCUGGCUGGGGUGUCAACCAUAGCCUGGAGCGGGUGACCUUGCCAUCGAGCCUUCAAAGCUUGAGUUUUGGCUCUGGUUUACGCCAAAGCCUGGAUCGGGUGACCUUGCCAUCGGAGCAACAGCUGCUGCCAACAUUAGCCGCUACAGCGCUGCUGCGCGGGAAAGCUGAAAUUGCCAGUGAGGACAGCCUGCUGAUGCGCUGCUGCAUGCUGCAUCGGGGCGUGGGAGCAACGGCUGCUGCCAACAUUAGCGGCUACAGCGCUGCUGCGCGGGAAAGCUGGGAUUCCAGUGAGGACAGCCUGCUGAUGCGCUGCUGCGUGCUGCAUCGGGGCGUGGGAGCAACAGCUGCUGCCUACAUUAGCGGAUACGGCGCUGCUGCGCGGAAAGCUGAAAUUGCCAGUGAGGUCACGUAUCGACAUUGCAAUGCUUGCAUCAUAGACCGUCUCAACAGUCCAGCUGCUGUCUCACUCGGCAUGCUCUUGCCUACUAAGCAGCGGCGGCUGUUUGGGAAGCAAGCGGCUGCCAACUUGCUAGUUGCACAAGAACCCUUAGAUGUGCCACCUGUGUCAGAGGAACCUUUGCCACUGGUGCCCGGGGAAACACUUUUGCCUGAAGCCGGAAACGAAGCAGCAGAGCCAACCAGCCGCUUCGACUUCUUGAACCAGAAGACGAUCAGCUCCUUAGUCCUAGCAGUAUUGCAAAGCAAGACUGACCAGGAGCUCCACAUUCUGGCAGAUGUGCUUGCCAAGUCAGACGGGAAAAUCAAUGAAAGGGAGCUGACAGAGAAACGGGAUGACUUCAUAGCAGCCUGCAUGAAAUUGGUGCCCCGAGAACUUUCUCGGCGUUUGUUGACAGCUGUGUGCGGCAAGCCUGCCACGGUGGAGACCGAUGUGAAGGUUUCAGCAAUCGAUCAGAAGACAUGGCAAAAAAGUUACCUGAUCACGAUCAGUGGUCUGGGGGCCUCUACCGCACCAAGCCAUGAGGAAAUCAAAGACAGUAUGCUGAACUCGUUCAGAAACGCUGGCUUUUCAAAUGAAACAAAAGUGACACACCUCCGUAUCUUUAGGGAGUGUCACCGAAAUGGUGAUGUGCACUACCAUGUUUGCGCCAACUUGUCGGAACGCUGUAGAUGGCUGCCUUGGAAAAAGGCUUUGGCUGAGCAGAACAUCUCUGCCCACUUCAGCCAGGUUCAGCUUGAAGGGAUGGCCAGGCAGCGGAAGCUUCAAUACCAGUGCAUGCUACGAUACUGCUUUGUUCCCACUGCUCACAAGCCACUGGAUUCCCUGGAUCCAGAACCUCUUCUGUUCCAUUGCGAUGGCAAGCAUCCUCCGUUGCUGGACGCAAUUCAGGGAGAGCUCGAUGCUGAGGACAUUCACCUAUGGCCAGUGGUGGUUUCUUUGGGCCUGACGGCGUCGGAUCCGUUACUGCUCCCGAUGUCUGUUGUGGCAGAGGUUGCCUUUUUUAAAGGAAGCAUGAGCCGCCCAAGCGCCAUGUGCCAGGUUGGUCUAUGCUUGAAGCUUGAACAUUGCGAAGGGAUCAUUCGAGAUGGUUCUACGACUAUCUUUCAACGAUUCCUUGCGGCCUUGCAGACGCCCUGUGUUUGCAAAGACAGGGCUUGGGCUGUUGCGGCCAGGGAAAUAGUAGCAGGAAAUUGUUUGGAUGAGUCCAUGUUGUGCGCUGACAUUCGAAAAACGCUGCUACUCGGAUUGAAGUCGAAAGGUGACGUACUGACUUUCUCAGGGUGGGGAAACGAAGGCAAAUCGUUCCUAAUCCGACCACUCACGGCCAUCUACGAGAAGGUGUGGUAUGGGCCGACGAAAGGCAGUUGCUCCAUGAUGGGCUUAGUUGAUGCGGACGUGGCCCUCCUUGAUGACCACCGACCAGAUUGCCAGCUUGUGGAUAUUGCCACGAUGCUUUCGUGGCUGGAAUCUGGAACCAUUACAAUUUGUCGGCCCUUGAACCUGUACGGCAGCCACUUGCAGUACAAGGCAGAGCAGCCACACUUCAUGACGUGCAGUUUCAGCGCACUCCACAGCCCAAGAGGGCGUAUGAGUGAGGUAGAGCUUGCCAUGUUACGGUCCCGCUUGAAGCUCUAUGUGUUUCAGCGACGCUUGCCUCAGAUCCGUGAUAUAAGUACCUUUGCUCUCCCAGUGCUGCCGCUGGCGACGCGCCUGCCACUUCUCCAUGCUGCUGUGCAAUGCGGUGUUUUGAAGGGUCUAAAAGAAGGGUCGCUUCCAAGCUGCUAUUCCGACGUCAUGGCCAUGGGCCCUCAAUGUACUGGUCUGGCUCUUGUCCCGGGCGCCGGGCAGGUGCAGGGAGAGCACUUGGGCCAAACUCAGCUAUACAACUGGCUAGCUCAGGCAGAAACGGUCAUGUUGCAAAAGCUUCAAAAUGGCUUGACCGUGAGCGCUAUGAGUGGCCAUGACCGCGUGACCGCGGCGUGCAUGGCGUCAGUGGACUCGCAGCCAACUCAACCAGAGACGCAAGAACAGGUAAAGUGCUGGUUGCGCGCACAGUCCUUUGACGCAAGUCAAGGACGACUGCACGGAAAGAAAUUUCUGUGCGGCCUGUGCUCCAAUGCCCACCGCACAAUGAGACGCAACCUGGGUGGCUAUCCGGAAGAUAUGCAAAGCUUUCCCUCGGAAGAAAUCCCACAUGAUCUCACGAGUACAUUAGGCGCCUUUCGAGCAGAAGACCGAGUGAUGCGGCGCCCUGGGGCGUCCAAACCUGGCAAGCCCUUGCAGCUCGCAGACCAUGCUGUGGAGGACUCAACAGAUUUCAUCGCUGUUCAUGACAAUCAAUCAGAAAUUGCCAAAGUUCAUGCAAGCAAUGAUGCUUUCCAGGAAGCAGAAGGCGGGAACAAUCAGAGUGCUGAAAUCGAACAAGGACAGAACCCGGCAACCAAGAAGAUGCUCGACAAGUUGCGGGGCAUGAAUCCUCCUGCGCUGGAAAUCUUAUAUCAGAAGUAUAACUAUAAUGGCGUGAAGGAGUUCAGCUCUUUGAUGCCUCCCUUUACUUCUGGCAGCGCGAUUGACAGCCUGGCCAAGCACUACAACAUUAAUGGCGUCAGGGAGCUGUUGAGUGUGAUGAAGCCGGGCAUGGAUGGCAGUGUGAUCGAAAGUUUGAAACGGAAGUACAACUACCAUGGUGUCAAAGAGUUUCUUGGUUUGAUGCCUCCCUUUACUUCUGGCAGCGCGAUUGACAGCCUGGCCAAGCACUACAACAUUAAUGGCGUCAGGGCGCUGUUGAGUGUGAUGAAGCCGGGCAUGGAUGGCAGUGUGAUCGAAAGUUUGAAACGGAAGUACAACUACCAUGGUGUCAAAGAGUUUCUUGGUUUGAUGCCUCCCUUUACUUCUGGCAGCGCGAUUGACAGCCUGGCCAAGCACUACAACAUUAAUGGCGUCAGGGAGCUGUUGAGUGUGAUGAAGCCGGGCAUGGAUGGCAGUGUGAUCGAAAGUUUGAAACGGAAGUACAACUACCAUGGUGUCAAAGAGUUUCUUGGUUUGAUGCCUCCCUUUACUUCUGGCAGCGCGAUUGACAGCCUGGCCAAGCACUACAACAUUAAUGGCGUCAGGGCGCUGUUGAGUGUGAUGAAGCCGGGCAUGGAUGGCAGUGUGAUCGAAAGUUUGAAACGGAAGUACAACUACCAUGGUGUCAAAGAGUUUCUUGGUUUGAUGCCUCCCUUUACUUCUGGCAGCGCGAUUGACAGCCUGACCAAGCACUACAACAUUAAUGGCGUCAGGGAGCUGUUGGGUGUGAUGAAGCCGGGCAUGGAUGGCAGUGUGAUCGAAAGUUUGAAACGGAAGUACAACUACCAUGGUGUCAAAGAGUUUCUUGGUUUGAUGCCUCCCUUUACUUCUGGCAGCGCGAUUGACAGCCUGGCCAAGCACUACAACAUUAAUGGCGUCAGGGCGCUGUUGAGUGUGAUGAAGCCGGGCAUGGAUGGCAGUGUGAUCGAAAGUUUGAAACGGAAGUACAACCACCAUGGUGUCAAAGAGUUUCUUGGUUUGAUGCCUCCCUUUACUUCUGGCAGCGCGAUUGACAGCCUGGCCAAGCACUACAACAUUAAUGGCGUCAGGGCGCUGUUGACCGGCAUGAAGUCUGGCAUGAGCGACAUUCCUGUUGACCUUUAGUUGGCUAGUCCAGUCCUGAG